UAUCCUUUCUCAACGCUUUGAUCGCUAAUAAUUUACGAGAGCCGACACUAAAUAUAACACAAAAUCAAAAAUUAACGCGCCACAUCAUCAGUCAGAACUCAAGUCGUGACUUGAGUUGUCGCACGUAACCGGCGCUCUGGAGCCCAUCCAUUCAGAAGCAGAGCCCACUCGUCGGCACGAAUGAAGGGCGUCAGGGAAAAAGGAAGGGGAGCAUGGCCUUCUGAGGUGACACCGACACCAGGACAAGCUCAAAGCUGUACCAUCCCCCAGCCCCAUAGUUCUUCCUUUCCCUUUUUCCUUCUCCGCCUCUUCCUCCACCAGCAGCAGCAGCAGCAGCAGACAGCGAUGGGCAGAAGCAGCACCAGGCUGCCGAGCUUCUGUCUCAACCGCAUGUCCCCUGGUGUCAGGGUCAGAUCUCCGCCGCUCGAACCGAAGCCGCCGCCUUCUCCCGAGUCCGGUCAACUCCACCACCACGGGAACGCGAAGCAGCCGGGAGACGGAGCUGAGGAAGAAGCCCUACUCGGCCGAAGGAUCAUGAUAGUGGUGGACUCCAGCCCGGAGUCGAAGACCGCUUUGCGGUGGGCGCUCUCGCACUCGGUGCAGAGCAACGACAGCAUCGUCCUCGUCGACGUUGUCAGGCCACCCAAGCAUGGUGAGCAAUCUGGGAAGGAGAGGGAUCCAAAGAUCUACGAGCUUCUGCAUUCCAUGAGAAGCGUUUGCCAUGCGAGAAAACCCGAGGUCCAAGUGGAGCUGUCUCUGGUGGAGGCGACGGAGCGAGGUCCGGCGAUCGUGGAAGAGGUCAGGAAGCAGGACGCGUCGCUCCUCAUCAUGGGGCAGAAGAAGCGGUCCCUGACAUGGAGACUGGUCAUGAUGUGGGCUGGCCGCAAGGUGGGAGGCAGCGUGGCGGACUACUGCGUCCAGAACGCGACGUGCAUGGCGAUGGCGGUGAGAAGGAAGAGCAGGAGAGGCGGCGGCGGAUACUUGAUCACCACCAAGCGUCACAAAGAUUUCUGGCUCUUAGCCUAAGCCCGCUGUAUCAUUCAUUGCUCUGCUUCCUGUGGUGUAUGUAUGUAAAGAAUGGAAGACGAAGUGUAGAAUCCAUGGCCUUGUUGUUCCU